AUGUCUACACCUUCUCAAGAACCGAAAGACCCCGCCGCCCCGGCCAAUUCCGACGGCACUGACGUCCACGCUGAACCAGCACCAGAACCAGCACCAGAACCAGCACCAGAACCAGCACCAGUUCCAGUUCCUGUUCCAGUUCCAGUUCCAGCUCCAGCACCAUCACCAGCACCAUCACCAGCUCCAGCGCCACAAGAGCCUGGGAUUACAUGUGUUCAAACAAAACUCCAAGCUUUUGUCUUAAACGAGCACAUAUUUAAAGAUGAGAGAUACCGCAUCGCACCACUGAGCCUUCCUGAUCACUCAGCCUUUCUUGACGGACCUUUCUCUGACCCUGAUGCCGUUCCGCAUAUUGAUUUACACGCUGCUUAUCCCUGGCAACAAAACACCCGCAUCUCCGACAUCACUGUUACGCCAUCUGAGCAAGCCGAGACGCCAGAACAGCUUGACGAAAGACGUCUACGUAAAGACCGGCUCGGGGUGUACUUGCACUGGUGCCUUCCAAAAUGCUUCCGGCAGGGAAAGGCUAGAAAUAGUAAAGACAAAGAUAGUGGAAAUGCCGAAGUUGAGGUAUGUUCAAGUUAUUGCGGCCAAGGCGAUAUGCUUUUGAAUCCCCGUGAGACUAACCGCAUAGUAACACAGCAUGCUGCGGCGCCGGAUAGAUGGAUUGUAUUCCGGUUCAUCACAACAGCAAGUACGGAGGGUACGGAUUCCUCGUCGCCUGUCCCCGUCUUAACUGCUUUUAUGGUUGAGAGCAAUCGCAUCAGGCGGCUCGGCGAUCUUGACAGUGACGUUUGGGGUCGGCCCUUGGACAUAGAAACCGAGACAGCCCCCUUUAUUGACAAUCGCUAUCCAGUGGAAGAGCAGGCCAACGUGUUCCUCGGCAUCAAACUCCUGUUUGACGACUCUUGGGACGACGAAGAUCAUCACCCAAACGCUCAAUAUCACCAGCCUCUUACAUUGUUGAGCUCGGCAAAUCCCCUCUUUGCGGACUUCCAACACCAUAACGCGAAUGUGUUUUCGAUCCAUGACGACCUCUCGUGGAAGGGCCAAGACGGGAAGAUUGUCACGGCGGUCCAGGCUAAGGUCUCAUAUGCCGUGUUCGGCUACUUUGCUCCUCGGGAUCAGCAUGAAAUGCUGGUGUGUCAUGGAUCGCUGCUUGAUGUUGUGUGGGAUAAGCACCAGAAGCCAAAGAUUAUUGAGGCUCUUGACCAAGUUGAGGAAUUUAAGAAGAACCAGCCGAUAGCUCUGGGUAAGGACAAUCUCGAUGCCGUCGAAGCGUAUCUUCGCUCUCAAUCUUCAACCGUCAACUGGACUGGUUUACUAAGCGAUAUGAAAUACGUUGUUGGCCAGACUGGGCGUGGAGGGCCAGUUGAUGCUCAUGUGGAGCAGGAAGUUCGGGCCGGGUUCAAACCCAUCGAUGGCGGAAAGAGAUGGCGCUUCCAGGAUACCAACAAGCUACCUGCUAUCCAGGAGAAGGUUCCAAAUCCCCAGAGGCCGAGUGACCAUGACCUGGAGGUGAUAUCCAACCUCGAUAGGCUGCAGGCGUUCCAGGAUGCAUUGGACCGGCAAGAAAGACAUCUGAGGCACGUGCUGUUCUGUGAAUGGUGGAAGAAACGGGCACAACGGCCCGGCAGCAUCUCUUCGCAGCAAGCAUGUCAGGAGGAAGGAGCAAAACGGCUCAGCUUGGCUUUCAAGGGUCUUGGGAGAAUCGCAGAUUUACGCAAAGUUCACCAAAUCAAGGAUGCCGCCGUCCAAGACCCGAGGUUACAGGCGACUGCUCGUCCCCAGUUCUUUAGCCACCUUAAUCCAACUGUAGUUAUCGGCGGCACUGGCUCAGCUUGGCCCUCCGACUUUGACAAGCCAUCUAAGGUCCGCGACUAUGAAAAGCUGCCUUUGCGGACAAGCUGUGGCAAAACUUGGGUCAGGAACUGGCUCCAGAAGAUUGCAAAAAACAAAGACUUGGAUUUCAGCCAGGAAAUGGAUUCAUUCUUCAAGAAGAUCACAGGAUCUGAUAUUGAUGAAGAAGUUCUCACGAAGAACCUGUCGAUAAAGCAGCUACCUGAUUUCUUCCGUCAGCUCGCAAACUUGCACCCUUUGAGAUGGAAGGUCCCUGGGUGGGUCCAAGACGCGGUUGAGGCAUUGUGUGAGGAAUGGGCGUAUUCCAUGGACUCAGAAAACAAGUUCAAUUGCGAUGACCAUUGUCCCCAGUACACAGACAUCUCCUGGCGAGAGACGCAGCCCUGGAGUCCUCUCUUCAUUGAAUGGGAAAUCGAGUACUAUCAUAUACCUCGACGAUUUUGGUCACUGCAGAGGUCUCCAGACGGUACAGCGGCCUAUCAACUCGUUCCUGGUGCAAACCUCUCAUCUUACGAUAACUGGGAACGCCAUCGGCGGGUGAUACGCGGCCGAACCCUCCUGAAUCCACACGCAGGUCAGAGCAUUGUCGCGCUUCUCGGACAGAUGUUCGACAAGGUGGACCCUGGAAAGCUCGGCAAACUAACUGAAGGUGAAAAGUGGAAAGACUCUCGAAAAGAAAUGCUUCGACAAGCCCUGAAUGGGAUGAACCUACUCUCUGGGUCACUCGGAAUGCUUUCUGACCAUCUUUUGACCCUUAAUCAAGGCACUCAUAUCAUGCCAUAUGACAAAAGCACGAACUUAGGACCUGGAGAAGGUGAUAGAAGAGUGGCAGUUCCUCCAAGGACGGAAGAUGUGUCGAUUAGCUCGUCUAGCAUUCUGGAUCACUUGCUCACGUCUGCCGAAGGGUUUGAUGUGACGCCGUACGGAGAAUCUACCUUCUCUGACCCCCAAGCUGGUCGGGACUUCAAGCCAGUUACUCACGGUCAGGGCCGGUUUACCAGGUUCCAACUCGUGGAUAGAUUUGGACAGGUGAUAACCCCCAUGGCGACGGAGGAAGCCGCAUUGUACCCGUGUCUCGGUCCUACCUUAGCUUGUGGACAGAACUCAGCAGAGGGAGAGGGCUUUGCUGACUCUGUAGAUCUGGACCCCAAGGACUCAUCACAGUACUUCCAACUGGGACACCGUAUCAAUCAAGAUGCAAGACUAAACACCAAUUUCGUCGUGAAUCCCGACGAAGCGGACUCAAAUUCCGUUUCGACGAGGUGGUUCAAAGGUGGUCCCAAGGCACUAGGGGUAGACGAUGGCAGUUCGAAGCGCAUUUGGCGAGCCGUCACUGAGUACGAGAACCCUGUGUGGGGUUGGCUAGUCGUUGACUACCGAGACCGAGGGAUUCAGGUCUACGACCCUAACGGCGAGCUCAGGGGAGAGGCCCUACUUCCCGGCACCCUCAACGGGAAAGUAUACUGGCAAGUAUACUAUUUCGUGGAGAACAAGUCAACAGCCAACAACAGUCAGCUUCAACAGCUAUUAGACGCACUAUCAGACUCCAGGUUUCUUUUUGGCAUGUGGAGCUCGCUCUCGGAAGCGUCUCAGCACAUCAUCCACAGCCCUUCCGCCUACGACAGUCAAUUGCUAAAUCUCGUUGGGCGGCCAAUGGCCCUAGUCAACAUCGGCGUCUCCCUGGAGCUAGCUACAGCACCUCUGCAGACGCAGAGUUACCACGACCUAUUUAAACCGCAGGAGUCGCAGUUGGAAGACUAUAGUUUCGAGGUGCUUAUGGGGGAUAAGUCUAAUUUGCACGACGGGAUGGUUGGUUACUUCUAUCUUCCUCCUCAGGAGGCCAAGGGAGCCAUGGACUGCAUCUACACAGAGUUCGGUUACCCAGAACGCCGGCCCAUAGACGCCGAGACGAAGCAGGACAGGUUCGCGAAGCCUUCCACGCGGCCCAUUUAUGUGAAGCCGUGCUUUGUCGACCCAACAGAUCCAGCUUCUGAUGACCCUGAAAAGUAUUUCAAGGCUUGGGCCAGUGAGGACAACACGACCGUCGUCGGUGCUAUCAUCGACCCAUUCCAGCCCAUCCACUUCGCUUCGGGCAUCUUGCCCCUCUCAACGCUCACCCUGCCACCUUGGAUCGUCGACGACGCUCUUAAGAAGAUGCGUAUGCUUUUCCGCGGUGGGCCGCUCAUGCUCCAAGCCGACUUACCCCAGGGCAAAGAGGGCGAAGAAUUCAAUCCUCUCAAAGAAACGACGUUGGAGGUCGGCGUUCCCCCUGUCACAGACGACGGGAACUGGUCCUGGUUGCAGCCUAUUUAUGAGCCUGGCUACCAGACCCGUCUCGCACCGUAUAAUCUCAAGUCUGUGGCGGCAGACUACCCUCUAAUGGAGGGACCGCAUACCUGCCUAGAGGGGUUCUAUAAGUUUGGCUUGAGGGAAACAGAGGAGGACGUAAACUUGCUCACGGACAGGCCCCUCCUGGAUAAACGUUUGACUGCAUUGAAUGAAGGUCGAGAGAAGAAGGUCAAGCUUAGGGGCACAAAGAUCAAAAAGGCUAAGACUUUAAGAUUUUAUUAG